CCUGAAACGGGGAAAGAGCAAACGGGACCCAAUCACAUGAUCUGUCAUGAGUUUGGAUCAUGUGAUCCGCUGACUCAGACACAUGCCGGAAGAAGCGUUUAAAUCUCGGAGACGGGAACGAGGUGAGAGACGGCACUGAAAGACGAGAGACGGAGGAUGCUGUUCCAGCUGCUGUUGCUUUGCGUUGCCAUGGUGAUGGCCAGACCCUCACUGAAUCCUGAUCCCCUCUCGCCAGACUUUGUCACUCUCAUCAAUAAACUCAACACCACCUGGCAGGCUGGUCAGAACUUCCAGAACGUUCCGUUCAGCCUGGUGAAGCGAUUAUGUGGGACUUUCCUAAAUGGACCUCGACUGCCCCUGAGGUCUGAGAACAUCGCCGUUGCAAAGCUCCCAAGGAACUUCGAUUCCCGAGAACAGUGGCCAGACUGCCCAACAAUUAAGGAGAUUCGGGACCAGGGUUCCUGUGGAUCAUGUUGGGCCUUUGGCGCCGUGGAGGCCAUGUCAGAUAGGAUUUGUAUCCACUCCAUGGGUCAGGUUAAUGCGGAGAUCUCUGCUGAAGAUCUGCUAACCUGCUGUAGCCAGGAGUGCGGAGAUGGAUGUAAUGGGGGCUACCCAUCAGAAGCCUGGAAAUACUGGACACAGAAGGGACUGGUGACUGGGGGGCUCUACAAUUCCCACACAGGCUGCCGACCAUACACAAUCCCUCCAUGUGAGCACCAUGUGAAUGGGUCACGACCACCAUGUACAGGGGAGAUCCCCACACCGCAGUGCACCCAGAACUGUGAGGCUGGCUACACCCCCAGCUAUUUUCAAGACAAACAUUACGGCAUGAACUCCUACAGCGUCAGCACGAGCACUGAGGAGAUUAUGAAGGAGAUCUACAAGAAUGGGCCAGUGGAGGCAGCACUGCUGGUUUACACAGACUUCCUGCAGUACCGAUCUGGUGUUUACCAGCACAAGGUUGGGAUGGAGAUCGGGGGUCACGCCAUCAAGAUUCUGGGCUGGGGUGAGGAGGACGGGACGCCCUACUGGCUGGUGGCCAACUCCUGGAACACGGACUGGGGGGAUAAUGGGUAUGUAAAGAUUCUGAGGGGCAGCAAUGAGUGUGGCAUCGAGGAUGAAGUUGUGGCUGGGAUCCCUCGCACAAGCAGCCUCCACCACCAGUGAGCCCAUCUGGUCCUCAACAUGGAUACUGUCCCAUCAGAUCAUUAAUCAGAGAACAGUACUCCACAAUGCCGAGCUAAUUACAGUUUGACUAUCAUCAGUCACGAGUCAGUGACUGACGCCCAGCUGCUAACCUCUCUGCUUUAUCACACUUGACUACAGAAGCCGUCAGCACACUAAUACCAAUGAUCUGAAAUCAGUACUGACAGCAACACACAAAACGCUCAGGAAUUCUGCAGGUCAGGCAGCAUCUGUGGAAAUGAAUAAACAGUUAAUGUUUCGGGCUGAGACCCUUCAUCAGGACUGGAAAGGAAGGGUCUCAGCCCAAAACAUUAAUUGUUUAUCUAUCUCCAUAGUUACUGCCUGACUUGCUGAGUUCUUCCAGCAUUUUGAGUGUGUUGUUUUGAAUUUCUAGCAUCUGCAGAAUCUCUUGUUUCUGAUUGUACCUAAAUACAUUUUUUAAGUCAU